AUGGUUCCACCAGACUCUGGCACUGUGGCACCUAACGUGCGCAAGUCAACGCGCCGUGGUGUGGAGGAGCACCCUGGACUGCCCGACGCUCCUCGAGCAAAGCGGACCAGCGAGCAGAAGAGAGCCGAUGAAGCUAAGGAAGCAGCAGCAAAGCACGCAUCAGAGCAAGCUCAACUGGCAGCUGCAAAGACGAAAGUCAAUCAGCUUGCAUUUCUCGAGGAUCGGGCUCGACAGAAGGAAAGAGAUGAUGAACGGAUUGAACUUCGUCCCGACCUUGUUCCUGUUCCCACUCAGAGCUCCAAGGGUACGAAAGGCCGCACAAAAACUCCCAAGGCCCCUGCAAUGGCGAACAGCGCAAAGGAGGUUGUGGUGCGUAAGAUCGCGAGGGAGAGGGUCGUGAAUGGUGGGGAUAACUUUCGUAACGCUGUUCACGCUGGUGAAUACAUGGACUUUGACGUGCCAGUAGGGUCGGACGCGCCAGGGCCCGCGACGAGUGACGUGGAUGAGCUUGAAGAUGAUGAAGCUGAAGAUGAUGACGAGUACGAGUUGAGCAAAGAGCAACAGGGUGCCGAGGACGAAGAAGAAGGGAACGAUGAUGAUGACUAUCAGCACGCCGACGAAGACGAGGACCAAGACCAAGACGACGAGGAAGACGAAGACAGUGACGAGGAAGAUGUGGCGUUGGCGCAGCGCAAGAAGAAAAAGCUCCAGCGCGGUGAGCUGCGCUCUGAAGUUCUUGCUGCUCGUCAUCUUGCUUCUGCACGACCAUCGAAUGCCGCCGCUAGCUUGAAGAGAAAGUACAUGGAAGGUUCACUCGAAAACCCAGAACCCGCAAAACGUCCCAACAAGUCUGAGGGAGGGUUCCGAGCCGACUGGACAAGGGGGAAAUCUGCUCAUAAGCGCAAACAAGCUAACAGUGGUACUCACACUCCAGCAGCUCCCUCAGUAUCUGUCAAACCAACUGCACUGCAGGAUAUCACUCAAUCCAAACCGACUCAGACUCCUGCAACCGAUCAGAGCAAACCGUCAGGAGACGUAGUGAAACAGCAGGGUCGAGCCCUCCCAGCAGUUAAAGUCGGCCGUUCUCGCCAAGUUCAGGUUUCCCGUGUCCCCAAGCUCAACGACGAUGGCUCUACCCGUACAAAGAAGGGUAAGCAGCGAUGGACACAGGCCCAUCUUCCGUUCCCAGGGGGUCAACCUGGAGCGACUUGCAUGCGAGUUUGGCGGAACCAAUUCCAGUGUACCCUUAUCCAUUGGGCUGGAAGUAAAGGAGACCCAUUCGGGACCAACUCGCUCGUCGGUGAAGCCGUUGACAAGAUAUGGCCGGUUCUCUACUCGCAGCUGCCACUCGAUGAAGAAGGGAAGCGUGCUGUUGUCGGCAAUUCCCAGGUGAUCCUCAACUUGUGGCGCAAUCGCCUCGGGAAGCUGGCCCUCAACGUGUUAUGGGAUAUUUGGGCUGAGAUGGGGAUUGACGAUGUCUCAGAAGAAUCAAGGGAUAAGCGAGUCGAGUACGUGAAGGAGCAGCUGAAGAACAACAGGUUCGUUUACAGAGACCUUGAUAACGAGGAGAACCGCGGCACAUUCUGCUCGCGCUUUGUGCUGUCAAUUUUUGCCCUGCACCUGAAGAAUAUCGAAGACGCUAGCGAGGACGAUGCCCUGAACUUUGGGGAUACUCAUGGGGCUUUGGGACUAUCUGCUGCCGCGGCGGAGCGUGCACUGCGAGUAUGCCGAUCCGGCAUCAACCCCUUCAAGGAUCUCACGAAGGCUGAGCUCAAAGCUUUGCUGAAAGCAGACCCCAGCGUCACCGAAUUCAAGUCAAACCCGUGGGGUCCAUGGGCGGAAGAUUAUGCAACAUCUGCGAAGAACUUACCGGAUAAACGUUGGGAUGAGAUCUAUGACGGGGCAGCGGAAGUAGAGUGCGUGAUUGAGGAUGCUGAUGGCAGUGAUGAUGACGGUGAAGACUCGCGUGCAGCUCUUCUGUUCUGA